UUAUGUGAGAAUGACAGCAAUCAAGAUGGCGGACGGCAAUAGAGAAAAGUGAUGAGGACAGGACAACAAAUGAUACAACUAGCCUCAAUUUAGACAUUUAAUAUCUUAUUAUUGUCCUCAAUGUUUACCGGAUAUUUGCGAAAACGUUGAGAAUUAAUCAGACGUGUGCGGAAGGAGCGCAGAGCCUAGUUUGCGCUUCUGUUAAAUAUUUAGUUAGCUAGCUGCUAUCUGCGGAAGAAGAGGCACGUUGCAGCUAAAAAAACAAGCAUUGUUUUUGAGCUGAUUACGUGGUAGACUUUUUGUAAAUUCGGUCACCGAUUAUAAUUCCUAUAACCAAGGUAACGUUAGCUGGGCAUAAACAGCGUUGCGUUCUCCGAUUUGGGCUUACUAGAUAGUGAACUCGAUUAGCUAGCUUAUUUAGCUAGCUAGCGUCAACUGAGUGAGGUUUUUUUUUUUUCACUGACGACAUGGCUCACUCCCCGGUUCAGAGUGGCAUUCCAGGGAUGCAGAACUUUAAAGCUGAUCCAGAGGAGCUGUUCACCAAGCUGGAGAGGAUAGGGAAAGGCUCUUUUGGAGAGGUGUUCAAAGGCAUUGACAAUCGGACUCAGAAAGUAGUGGCCAUUAAGAUAAUUGACCUUGAGGAGGCAGAGGAUGAAAUCGAAGACAUCCAACAGGAAAUAACAGUCCUUAGCCAGUGUGACAGUCCCUUUGUUACCAAGUAUUAUGGAUCAUAUCUGAAGGAUGCAAAAUUAUGGAUUAUUAUGGAAUAUUUAGGAGGAGGAUCAGCUCUGGAUUUGUUGGAGCCGGGUGCCUUGGACGAAACCCAGAUAGCCACAAUUCUCAGAGAGAUCCUGAAGGGGCUUGAGUACCUGCACUCUGAAAAGAAAAUCCACAGAGAUAUUAAAGCCGCCAAUGUGUUGCUGUCGGAGCAAGGAGACGUGAAGCUGGCAGACUUUGGAGUGGCGGGGCAGUUAACGGACACUCAGAUAAAGAGGAACACGUUCGUGGGCACUCCGUUCUGGAUGGCACCUGAAGUCAUAAAACAGUCUGCGUACGACUCAAAGGCGGAUAUCUGGUCGCUAGGCAUAACGGCCAUAGAGCUAGCCAAAGGAGAGCCGCCCCACUCAGAGCUCCACCCUAUGAAGGUCUUAUUCCUCAUCCCAAAGAACAACCCGCCCACCCUGGAAGGAAACUACUGCAAACCCCUCAAAGAAUUCAUAGAAGCCUGUUUGAACAAAGAGCCCAGCUUUAGGCCAACUGCCAAAGAGCUGCUGAAACACAAGCUGAUCAUCCGGCAUGCCAAGAAGACAUCCUACCUUUCAGAGCUGGUGGACAAGUACAAGAGGUGGAAAGCAGAGCAGUCUCGGGAGGAAUCCAGCGAAGAUGAGUCGGACUCGGAGCAGGAUGGUCAGGCGUCUGGAGGGAACGACUCUGGGAACGAUGACUGGAUCUUCAACACCAUCAGGGAGAAGGACCCCAAGAAGUUCCUGAAUGGAGCCGCCCAGCCUGAUGAGCUGGAGAGGAACAAGGUGCGAGAAAGUCCAAAGAGGCCUUUGUCACAGAGCUUGUCCACUAUAAUUUCCCCUUUGUUUUCUGAGUUAAAAGAGAAGCAGGUUGAGGCGACCAAUGGCAAGCCAGAGGCUGUAGAUGAGUUGAGGGAGGCCAUUUUCCUGGCAGAAGAGUCAUAUCCUGGCAUCUCUGACUCCCUGGUGUCUGAACUAGUGCAGAGACUACAGAGGUUUUCUCUACCCAGGGCCGCCUCCUUUCAGUGAGACCUGCUGUGUCCAGCAACCCUCCACCUCCCACCCAUAGCAGCAGUCAGUCCAUGGCCUCUGACAUCAACAGCCAAGAUGAAGUCUCCCAGGAAGUUCUCAUCACUCAUUCACCUAAAGCAAAACCUCGACCCACUUUCUCUCUACUUGUCCACGCCAACAUAUUGUCACAUUGGGGACAGUCAGUGGCAAGUUGGUCAUCUGCCACCUUGACUUCCACCUGCUGUAAGACAUCGUAAUCUCAAUACCUCCAACAUGAGUGCAGUUUAUUUUAGGGGGGGUGGGGAUUUCAUUCACAAUUCUUCUAAAAGAACCAUUGAUUCAAAAAGGUUGGUGUGGCUUAUUCCGAAAUGUCUACUAUCUGCAGCCUUUGGGGGAGUAUCUAACUUUCUUUAGUGUGUGUGGUUGUGUGCGAGUCAGUGUGUGCGAGCGUAUGUGAGCAUCUCCCUUGAUAUCCUGUGAAAUGUGCGGUGGAGAUUGAUGCUUUGGAGAUUGAAGCAUUCGUUUGAAAACUCAGGUGUCCUGCUUUAAGUGGAUGGGGUCCUCUGGGAGAUGGAGAGAGCUCUGUUGGGUGGCUGUACAAACUUGUAAAUAGGCACAUUUUUACAGAUAUUGAGAACUAAUGGCGUGUACGCAAAGGAAUCACUGUGUACAAAUGGCCAAAUGCUUCUGUUAGAAAAGGUAAAUAUUUAAAGAGACAUACAUGGCCAUAACUGAGAUUGCCUUGCCUUUAUUACUUGUUAUUUUGUAUUGCAAUCUUGGAUUCCCUCUUGUUUUAAUACAUUUUUCAAGGACAUUCAUCCAUUCAAUGGC